AGUGUUACUAAGUCGGAAGACAGACAUAUUUGAUGCUAUUUUCAAAUUUCUUUUCGUAAAAUUUCGUUUAAUUUAGUUUUAGAUUGUGAAGUGAAAACAAUUUUAUUAUUGAUAUAGGUAGGAUUUAAUUCUCUUCAAGUAAAAAUUAACGAGAAUUGUUCAAUUAAAGUUUCCUAAAAGAUGUAUGAAUUCAAUGAAUUACAUUUUAUUUUCAAAUUAAUUUAAAUUGAUCAUCUUGUUCGGGUUAUUUGAAAUUGUGUGAUUUAUCUAUUUACUUAUAGACAUUGAAUAAACAAUAAUCUAAAAUAUAGCAUCAAAAAGUUCAUUGACCCUUGUCUGUGUAGACAGCAUGUCGGCCAUCUUUCUUUAUAGUUCGCCGCAAUUAUUGUUAACGUCAAAACCUUCCACCUGUUACAUAUUUAUUGAACUGUUAAUAUUAUUAUUAUUAAAAUACCUAUUCGAUUGCAGAACAAAAAAGUUAUUGUAAGAAUAAAAUACAGAUAGACCGGAUCUGUUCAAUAACAACAAAAAAUCUUUCAAUUUCUAGUUUAAAAAAUGUGACUAAAGUUGGAAGUUUUUAUUUUGAACAAAAAACAUUAGAGUAUAUCAAUAGAAAAUAGUUUUUAUUUAAAAAUUUUCGUAAAACGGAUUUAAAAUGAAUUAAACGUAAUUUAAUUUUCUUUGAUAUUCGUGGAAGUGCGUGCGUAUAUACAAUAAUCCGAUAAAGAAUUUUCCGUGUUUUAAUAUAAUAUUGUGUUGUGAAAAUUAUGGAUACCUCGAAAAUUCUUAACUAUAUAGCAAGAUGGCGAAGUUGUGAACUGAACCAGCUGGCCAUUAUAAACUUAACCUUAGAGUUGAGCAGAAAAUAUUGUUUUUAAUAUUCGGAAGAAUUUUUCAAGAUAUGUUAUGAAGGAUAUCAACUCUGCAUACAUAUUUCUCACCGAUAAUGGAUCAACUACCUAAUGAAAUUUUGAUUAAUAUUUUAAAACAUUUGAAUACCUAUGAUUUAGUACAAUUUUGUGAAGUAUUUCCACGUUUGGACUAUUUUUUGAAAGAAAAAUAUGUUAUAAGAAUUACAAAUUGGUCCAGAAGAUUUGAAAGUUACAAUAAAAAUAUUUGUAGUUUUAUUUCAAUAAAAAUGGAUCCAACCCUUAUUGAAGUUUUAAAUAUAAAUUGUUUGUAUUGGAUACCCACUCAAGACUUAAGGAGACUACUUCAAAAACUUGUGAAUUUGAGUGAAUUAUACGCUAUAGAUACAAAGCUAGGUUUGAAGUAUCAAGAUACUGUAGAAUAUUCUAAACUGCAUAAACUGGCAAUAUCUGUGGAAGAUGAACACUUUGGUUCUGAAACUAUAGAAGCCAGUGGGACAUUGAAAUCAUUAAGAAAGUUAUGUAUAAAAAUAAUAGCUAAAAAAUUGGAGCACGGGAAUGCUGUAUCAGGAUUAGAUUUAUUUCUUUCUAGAAUUAAGCAACUGGAUGAAUUGUGGGUACUUGAUGAUACAGAUUCUUUGUAUAAAGUAAACUUCCAAAGAUGGGUAGUUCAGUUAAAAAAUUUGAAGAAACUUGUUAUAAGAUCAAGAACUGUAUUACCUAUUUAUGAUUUUACAUUUGCCGGACUUUCAAAAAUAUUUGAUUGCAAAAGAUGGAACACUGACAUCGAACUAAUAUUUGAAAAAAUUCAGUAUCGAAAACCGAGUACUACAGUGAAAUCUAUAUUUGAUCCUAGAGAAACUGAUUUAGAAAAAGCUUGGGAUGUAUUUCUAAGCUUACAUUCUGACCUUCCUUGUGGACCCAAAGAGAGUAAGUUAUUGAGUAUCCCAGAAGAACUGAACAGUAUUCAGUUUGAAAAUCUUAAUUUUGUUCAUUCAAUAAUUUUUUGUAAUCUGCAAUAUGUGACAGCUGCAUACAAACUUCUGGAAUCGGAUAAUUGUAAAGAAUUACAGAGAUUAAAUUUUAGGACAUGUCUAUUUCAGGGUUCCCAGAAAAGUAAUGAACAGGAAGAAGAUCAUAAGAUUUUUAAGAAAGCAAGAGUUGGUGUAAAAAAAGAUCUCCCUCAUCAUCCAUUCGAAAAAAUAUCUAAACGUCUAAAUAACUUAGUUGAACUGGAGAUAUAUCAUUGUGCAAUGUGUACAAGCAGUGCCGUAAUAUCUGCUUAUUCUCUUAUAGAAAAUUUCGAAACACUUCGAAGACUCACCUUAGAGAUACCAUACCUAUUAGAUGGAUCAUUUUUAGAAAAGGUGUUUCUUAGAUGUCGAUUGGAGUACUUGAGUUUAAAACUUAUUGCGCCGAAUGAACCUUUUGUGACGAAUUUAAAUCUGCAUUUGGAAAAAGCGGUUGCAUUGAAACAUUUCAGAAUCGAAUGUUCCAUUUUAUCUAUGGAGAAAAUAUUGAAGGGAUUGUCGAAAAUGCCCAGGAAAAUACUACAAAGAACAUUUAUUAAAUGCGAUCAAGCGUAUUUCAUCGAUAAUAAGAACGUUCGAUAUAUUUUUUCGAAAUUUUUGGAAUGUAACCCGCAGUUGAUAUUCUUCGGCCUGAUAAUCAGUCAAGCGACUGCGAAACAAAUUACUGAUAUAAAAAGGACGUUGCAUACGUUCAAAACGGGACAUCCCGCGAAAAUAUUUCAUGUUAAAAAACAGGUUGGGGAAUUUAAUGGAAUAUUUCCAGUACCUCCUGCGCAUCACGAUAUUAUAUUUAAUCGUACUCGAGUGUCUGUGAUAGAUUUUGAUGAAUUUUAAUAUAAAAUUUUGAUUAUU